CCUCCAUCUUCAGUAUAAUAACACGCCAAAGUUCGAAACUGCGUAUCACUAUUGUUAGUUUGGGGAAUUGGAAUUGGGAAGAGAAAAACUCAAAAACAGAUGCCGCUAUUCAGCUCAAUGGAGUGUGAUUACCCAUUAAUCGACCCCAAUUUCCGCGACUUCUGUGCUUCUCACGCCAUUUAUUCAGUUGAAGAUUUUCUUCUACAUGAUCUUUACGUGUUAGUGAUUUCAACAGAACAGCAUCAUAAUUCUGAGAGAUUGAAGGAGGGCAUCACUCAGGUUCUGACUAUCAUCAAUGGUCAGCAUCAACCAUGGGUAAAUGGUCAGGAGUUGUUGGAUGAUGCUUUACAGAAUAAACGCUCCUUGCCUACUGGAUGUAGAAGCAUAGAUGCGUUUCUUCAUGGUGGAUUAAAGAAGGGACAUUUGACAGAGCUAGUUGGCCCGUCAUCCUCUGGUAAAACACAAAUUUGCUUACGAGCUGCUUCAAGUGUUGCGGAAAGCUGGGGCAAAAUCAUUUUCUUGGACUCUGGAAAUUCUUUCUCUUCAAAACGUGUUGCUCAAUUUGUCACUCAGACAUCAGAUCCUUCUGCUUAUGAGGUGGACAGGGCCCUUCAAGCAGUAAUGAACAACAUAGUAUGCUUGUCAGUGUUUGACAUUUUUACACUGUUUGAAGUGCUUCAUCAGCUAAAGAACAAUCUCAUAUCUCAGGUAGAUCAGCAUAUAAGUAUGAUUAUCAUUGACUCAAUAUCAUCACUCAUUACACCAAUUCUUGGAGGAGGUGGUGCACAAGGACAUGCUUUAAUGGUUUCAGUGGGAUUUUUACUAAAACGAUUAACACAUGAACAUGAUAUCUGCAUUUUGGUUACCAAUCACAUGGUGGCCGGUGAGAAAGGUACUUCCAAGCCAGCACUUGGGGAGAGUUGGAGGGGCAUCCCGCAUGUUAGACUUCUGUUAUCCAGAGACCACACUCGGAACAUCAGCAGCAUGUCAGUACUUAGACACCCACACAUGGCUACAGGAGAUAGAGUUGAGUUCGAGGUACAAUGAUAUCAGGCUUUAUAAUGCCUGAGAAUCUUGGCUUUUAGUUUAUCCAGGUAUCGACUUGAUGCUGUGGAAUUGUAGAGGAAAAUGUCAACUAAUAUAUUUGUUAGGAAAGAAGAAAGAUAUGGCGACCUUGUGAGAUGGAGAUGAAGCUACGAGACUACUACAUGUUUUUACUUUUAUAUGAAAUGGAUUGUGGUUCGUAUUUUGUAGUCUCUCAUUUGGACUGAGAUGAAACUAAUAUUAUUUUGACAGAAAAUAUUUACUGAAUAUAGAGGAGAAAAUUACUUUCUUAAUCAAAAUUGUGAGUUGAUGCUU